CGACAUUCUGGGGCCAGCGCAUGUCUCUGCAUCACCACUCAGCUGCUCCCAACCUCCAUCGACCCGGCCCAACAGUGCCAUCACCCAACCGCAGCAACUUGGUCUACAGACUGCCGUCACUGCUUAACCCACUGGCAGCUUCGUUGCGACUCUCUGUUGGGUCUCGACUCGACACAAAUCAACCCACCCCGGAACCCUCUCGCCGCUCGCCCCUCGCGCAAGUGGCCUCCUUUGGUCCAGCCAGCCCCCAGAUUGCUUUCCAGCGAGCACGUCAUACACAUACGGCGCCGCCAUGUUGACGGCGACGAGGCAAUGGCUGCGUCGCAACCGGACGCCCAUCGCCAUCGGUGUCGGUGUCAUUGGCGCAGGCUAUGUAGCCACACAAUACGUCCUCGGCAAGAUCAAUGAUGCCCGCGAGCGCAUGAGCAGCGACCGCAUAGCCAAGGAGAAUUUGCGGCGCAGGUUCGAGCAGAACCAGGAAGACUGCACAUUCACAGUCCUGGCCUUGUUACCAACAGCGACAGCCAACAUCCUCGAGAGUAUGAACACUGAAAAGAUCACACUGGAGAUACAACAAAUGAAGGGCGCCAAGGGCGUGCGCAGUGGCGACCCGAACGCCGCCCCUCCCAGUAUCGCCGACACAACCAUCACUGAAGACGAGAGCCGGAGCAACCUUAGUGGCCAGAGUGAGAGCGUACUCCAUGCCAGUCAGACGUCUGUGCCCCCGCCAGCAGAGACAGAAACCUCGGCGGCUGUAGCGCCUGCAGUAGAGGGCGAGCAGGAGAGUCGCCCAGCCACUGCAGUUCCAGCUCCAGCUCCAUCCGCAGCGACGCUGGCUCCUCCAGGUCAGAAGAAAAAGUCCAAGAGGCAGCUUUGGGACGAUCUGACCAUAAGCUCGAUAACUCGUUCCUUUACUCUCAUCUACACACUUGCGCUUCUUACCAUGCUCACAAGACUCCAAUUGAACCUGCUGGGCCGCCGAAGUUACCUUUCAAGCGUUGUCUCGCUCGCCACUGGAACUAACCAAUCUACCAUCAGCUUGGAGAAUAACGACGACGACAACAUCGAUCAAGUGUAUGGAAGCGAUUUUGAGGUCAACCGCAAAUACUUGACUUUCAGCUGGUGGCUGCUUAACCGUGGCUGGAUCGACAUUCGCGAGCGCGUGGAAGAGGCGGUCAGGGAGGUGUUUGGCCACCUUAGCCCCCGAGAUCUCCUCAGCUUCGACAACUUUGCUCAGCUCACAAUCGAGGUGCGCAAGAAGAUGGAAGGUGGCCCCAAGUUUGACGGAAACGGGUCAAGGUGGUUGCGCUUCCUGCUACCACCAACCACUCUUGAAGACUUUGUAUUGCGCGAGUCCGGCGUACUGGGCGACAGCGCCACGGCAGACACUCAGACCGGCUCGCCACCACUGCCUUCGCCAUCCGCGUCGUCACUCAGGCGCCUUGUAGAUGAAACAUCCGACCUGAUCGAGUCGCCUCCCUUCCACCACGUCCUGGGUCUGCUCCUUGACGCUGGCUUCUCUGUGCUGCUGCACAACAAGGUUCUCCCAGGGGCCUACGACAUGCCGGCCGCCACGCCAAUCCCGGAAUUCGAGCUUCAGAGCGACUCGCGCGUGGUCCUGCUGCCCAAGAUCUUGUCGGUCCUGACGCGCCAGGCACACAGCAUCGGCAACGGCAUGCCCAACGAGUACCUGCAGGCCAUGGAGACGGUGCGCGACCUCGAGGCGUUCGCGGCAGUCGUGUACAGCAGCAACUGGGAGAACGAGAUUGCCGCGGACGGUGGCCUAGACGGCGCCGCCGAGGGCGUGGCCAGCGCUACUGCUGCCUCGACGCCGCUGAAGGCCGGGUUUACCCCAGCAUCAUCAUCAGCACAGCAGCAGCAGCAGGCGAGUGGUGUCGAAGAGAGUAUUGUAAUGGUUGAUCACCCGAUGGCGGCAUCCUCGUCGUUUGAGAGCGCGUGGGAGAAGGCGGAAGCCGCGACGAGGCAGUGACCUCCCUGUCCCUGGGACUGGCAUGCCAUGUGUAAUAUAUAUGAAGCGGAUUAAAGACAAAGCCAUAUACAUAUAAUUGAUGAACGAUCACGAUCACAAGAGGACAUAUGACGCAAGCAAUGAACAUGUUCACAUAUGAAAAGCCCUUGUAGUCAUAGCGAGGAUGGGGG